AUGACAAAGGCAUAUGACAGGGUUUCUUGGUUAUUCUUGACAAAAGUGCUAAGGAAAAUGGGCUUUGGUGAAAUGCUAAUUGAUAUGGUUUACAGGAUUGUCUCUAAUAACAGGAUUGUCUCUAAUAAUUGGGCAUUGAAUGCUUUACAUCAGAAGGAGAAGUUUAAGGGGUUUGGAAUGCCAAAAUGGAGUCCUUAUAUCAAUCACUUAUCCUACGCAGAUGGCACAAUCAUUUUCACCGCGGCUGAUGAUUACUCUUUGAAGCUAAUAAUGAUUCCAAGAAAAGAUUUCCCUUUCACCUAUCUUGGGGUGCCUAUUUAUUACAGCAGAAGGAUGAUAGCAUAUUAUAAAGAAAUUACUGACAAGGAUCACUUUAAUAAAGCAUGUCCUACAAAGUAUGCCAUUCAUCUUUUGUCUGCUUGUGAUCCUCCAACUGGGGUAAAUGUUAAUCUUCAUAGGAUGUUUGCUAAAUUUUUUUGGAGUAAUUUAGUAGGAAAUUCUAGCAAACAUUGGACUUCUUGGACUGUUUUGUUUCAUCCUUAUGAUGAGGGGGGACUUGGGUUUAAAGAUGUAUCCAAAGCUCUCUUUGCUAAACUUUGGUGGAAUUUUAGAACAAAACAGUCCCUUUGGAGAAUGUACUUAAGUAAUAGUUUAGGGGUACUGUACCAUGCUACUGGUGCAAAUUUUGAAUGUGAUAGAACUGUGGUUCAAGUUCAGGAAGCUGUGGAAGCAGGGGUAUGGAAUGAGCCUAUGCUAAGAGGACUACUUGUUACACGUUGGAAAAUUCCCGUUAACGUACAGUGA